UCCAGUUGGAGACGCGCUCGGGGCGGAGGCUGCGUCACGUGGCGCGCUCCCGCGGAGUUAGGCAAUAGGGUUGGCUGGAGAGAGCGAUUGAGAGUUAGAUUUGCUGCGGGCGCUUUAGGGAUUCAUUUGUGUCCCGAGUGGAACUAACAUGAGACUCCCCGGGAAUAAGUGGCUGGGGGCAGCGCUCCUUCUCGUGCUAACGGUCUCGUGUAGAGUGCGGAGCGACGAACCCACUGGACCCCCAUCAACUUCAACAGAAAAAACAAUAACAAGUGCUCCCGUGCAACCGACCGCAGGCAGCAAUAUAACAGACUCCAAUACAACUGAACCUGCUAGCAAGGAUAAUACCACCAGCCCUGUAGCUCCAACUUCAGCCGUGAGUAGCACCAACCAAUCCACGCUGGCUCCACCAACGUCUGCCUCUACAGUGAAACCCGUGGCUAACACUUCAGAGGCAACAACCAACGUACCUGCGAAAACCUCAGCGACAGCCUCAGCAUCAACAUCCGCUGCAACUUCUGCCGUGACAAGUUCCAUUGCUUCUCAGGUGUCGCCUCAGAUUUCUGGUUUUGACCUGGGCAGUUUCAUCGGUGGCAUUGUGUUAACGGUGGGCAUUAUAGCCGUCCUCUUCUUCGCCUGCAAGUUCUAUAACUCCAGGAGAGGAGUUCAAUACAGGACCAUAGAUGAACACGAAGCUAUCAUUUAAUCUGAAGAGUUCCGAAGGAUUCAUGUUCUCUAAAGGAUUCUCCUCUCUCAGCUUUAUUCUAUAUAAUGCACCAGUUACAUCCUGAGCAUUUGAUUUUGAAUGUCUUGGAAACCUUGUUUGUUUAUAUUGUGUAUUGAACUGGGCUUGGUUCUUACACAGAAGGUUACUAGGCAUUUGUGUUAGAAAUCUCCUUGUAUAUUGACGUGUAUCCAUAAUAGGGAUGCACUGAAUCCUUCUGCCAGGCCGAACCGAAUCCUAAUUUACAUAUGCAAAUUAGAGGUGGGGAGGAAAAUCACGUGACUUUUUGUCACAAAACAAUGAAGUAAAAAAAAAAAAGGAUUCGGUUCGGUAUUCGCCCAAAUCUUUCAUGAAGGAUUCGGGGGUUCGGCCGAAUCCAAAAUAGUGGAUUCGGUGCAUCCCUAAUCCAUAACAUAUUGGACUUGUGCUGUCACACACGUGGUCUGUAUAAUAAUGAUCUGGCAAAUGAGAAAAAUCUAUAUUUGCACUUUUACCUGUCGCAUGAUAAGGAAAUGACACUUGACAUUCACUUUGCAUCUGUUUCUUUAAAGGAAAACUAUACCCCCCAAACAAUGUAGGUCUCUAUAAAAAGAUAUUGCAUAAAACAGCUCAUAUGUAAAACCCUGCUCCAUGUAAAUAAA